UCUCACUGCGCCACGACUGUCCAUGAGACCACAAGUUCCCAUCACACGCACAAUUCACUUGCUCCGCCACUUCACCAUGUCGUCCCCUGCUCAGGCGCCCAAGAUCAACCGCAUCAGUCCCUUGGCAGCGGAUGAGGCAAAAUGGACGGAGCUGCGGAAGAUUGAGUGGACCGACCAAGAUGGCAAAAACCGCAUCUGGGAAGCUGCAGCGCGCAAGACGCGUUCCAAAGGGGGUGUAGACGCUGUCGCCAUUGCUCCGAUUCUCCGCCACCCCAACAAGCCACCGCAGACGAUGAUCAUCUUGCAAUAUCGGCCUCCGGUGGACGCGUACUGCGUCGAGUUUCCCGCGGGCCUGAUCGACGAGGGCGAGAGCCCCGAAGAAGCUGCGGUGCGAGAGCUCAAGGAGGAGACGGGCUACGAGGGCAAGGUCGUUGACUGCAGUCCCACUAUCGUCGCUGAUCCGGGGUUGACCAACGCCAACAUGCAGAUGGUCACGAUUGUGGUACAGCUCAAGGAAGGCGACGAGGAGCCGCAACAGCACCUCGACGAGGGAGAGCACAUUGAACGCCGUGUUGUGCCACUUGAUCAGCUGUAUGAGAAACUUCAAGAACUAUCCAAGGAGGAUGGCAAGAUUGUAGAUGCGAGGCUCUUCCAUUGGGCUCUCGGGCUUCACUGGUCCCGCAAGCUUCUCAAGAACUAAUUCUCGCCUUUUUGCAUAGAAUGGGACCAACAAGGUUACAUUUGUGACGAAUAUGUCGCAUUUCUGGCAUAUGGAUGGCACUAUGGACAGUUGUACUCGUCGGUAUAGCCAGCCACCUAACAUCUUCUUAAUUGGAGAGCUGGCAGCUGGAAUGAUAUACACGGCAAGUAUACCACCUCCACAAUAAAAAUGCAGCAAUGAAGCAAGAGGUUCUGCUGCCUCAAGCUGAUGAAACCUCGCAAAUGCUUACUUGCUUGCCUCCCUUGAAUUGUUUUCUAGUCUCCAGGACCGUUCUUUGACUCGGCUGACUACUACCACUACUACUUCUCAUACUAUUAUUGAUGUACACAGAUCUAUCUCUCUAAGAACAUACUUCUAUCAGAUCCUGGC